AUGGCGGCAUAUGCAGCCUUGGUUUCUCUUAUGCAUCUCAUAGACACAAUCGAGCUCCAUCAUUUCCCAUUCAUUUCUCUCCACAAACACCAAAUUCAGUCUCUCACUGAAAUUGUUACCUUCCUGCUGGAAUUUCUCCAAGCUUACAACUCCCCUGUUUCCGACCGCGACAAAGCAGAUCCAUUGGAGAUGCGUAUUGCUGAUGCUGCGUAUGCAGCUGAAGAUGCUAUUGAAUCCCAUAUUGUGCACAAGAUUCAGCUCAGUGAAUCAUCCAUAGCAACCAAACCCAGACAAAGCUUCUACAGUAGGUUCCGAGGUCUAAAGCUGCGUCAAGAUGUACAAAAUGUAAUAAAAGAAUUGGAUAGGAUAAAGAGAGUGGCGAUGGAGACCAACACAAAGAAGAUGGUUGUGUUCCGUGAUCAACCGCGUAGAUCAGCCUCUUCUUCUACUGGGAACAAGAGUAGUGGCACAAUGGUGUUACCGGAUCAUGUCUUAUACGGGAUCAUGGAAAAGCUUGUUGUAGACGAACCUGGUCGCCAAGUCAUCACGAUCACAGGAAUGGGUGGGAUAGGUAAGACCGCCCUUGCUCAAACUGUUUAUUCCAAACAAGUUAUUAAAGAGCGUUUUGACAUUCGUGCUUGGGCUACUAUUUCUGAACACUACAACACUAGAGAAAUUCUAUGUGAACUUGUUUCUCAAACCACUAACCAAAAAAAGGAAAAACUAAGUGAAAGGAGUGAAGCCGAAUUAGGAUUAGAGCUCCACAAAUAUUUGUUUGGUAUAAGGUUUCUAAUUGUAAUGGAUGAUAUGUGGAAUAUUGAAUCUUGGAAUGAGAUACAACAUUUCUUUCCUAACAAUGGAAAUUCCAGUCAUAUAAUGGUGACGACUAGGCUAUCCCAUUUGGGUUCUCAAUUAAACAAUCACUAUAGCCACCAAAUGGAAUUUCUUGAUGAGGUUAAUAGUUGGGUCCUAUUCUCCAAAAUUGUGUUUGGAGACGAACCUUUUCCUCUAGAAUUAGAGAAAAUUGGAAAGGAAAUUGCAUACAAUUGUAGAGGACUUCCCCUAUCAAUUGUUGUAGUGGGAGGUAAUUUAAAAAACAUGGAACCCACACAAGAAUGUUGGGAGUCAAUAAGGAAGAAUUUAACUUCGAUAGUGAAUUCAAACAAUGAUAAGCAUUGCUUAAGAUUGUUAAAAAUGAGCUACAAUCAUUUGCCGGUUUACUUAAAGCCUUGUUUCUUACACAUGGGCAUGUUUGGGGAAGAUGCCGCAAUUAAGGUCUCAACACUCAUCCAAUUAUGGGUGCGUGGAAGAUUUCUUAAACCUAAAGAUGGAAAAAGUUUGGAAGCAAUUGGGAAAGGUUUCUUAAAGGACUUAGUGCAUAGAAAUCUCAUUCUAGUUGAUGAGUUGGGGUCUACUGGAAACAUUAAACAAGUCAAAGUUCAUGAUUUGCUAAGAGACCUAUGCCUGAACCAGGGAGAGAAAGAAGGGUUUUAUCACAGAAACACUUCACAAGAGAAACUGCAGCACCUCAAUGUUGAAGAUGGUUUUUCGUCCUCAAAUUUUCCUUCUUUCAGCCACCUUUGGAAUUUGCAGAAAUUGACCGUUUCUUGUUCGUGGGCUACUCUUAAUGAGAUUUGGAAAAUUCCUCAACUGAGGCAUCUUGAUGUGGUUGCAACAAGAUUGCUACUCCCAGAAUCUCCGGGUGAUUUUGUCGUCAUGAGGAAUCUAGUGGUAGUUGAGGGAGCAAUUAAUUUCAAGUGCGAUGAAGAGAUGAUUAAGAGAAUUCCCAAUAUCAUGAAAUUGAGGAUAAAGUAUUUGGAAAGCAUGGAAAUGCGCAAUAAUGAUUAUUAUUGUCUGAGCAAUAUUAAACAUUUUUGUAAAUUAGAAUCACUUGAUAUCUUGUGCGGAUAUCAAUUUAGAGGGAAUGUGUCUUUGUGUAAGCUCACAUUCCCCCCAACCCUCAAGAGUUUGAAACUUGUUAUGAGCGAUGACUUUGAAUGGGAAAUAAUGUUGGAGAGGAUAGGUUCGUUGCCCCUUCUCGAGAAGUUAAAGUUGAGAUAUGGACGCUUUGGAACAUGCAAGUGGAAAAUCUUUGAAGGGCAAUUCUCCUGCCUCAAAUACUUGGAACUGUCUUCGUGCCAUAGCCUGAAACAUUGGACUACAGAAGCGGGCUCCAUCUUUCCACGCCUUGAGAAGCUUACUCUUCUAAGCUUAAAAGGGUUGGAGAAUAUGCCAUAUGAAAUUGGAGACAUACCGACGCUCCAAAAAAUAUUGAUGAGUGGUUGCCGCAAAUCAGUGGUGAAAUGUGCAAAAGAUAUCGUAGAGGAACAAAUGGAUUGUCAAGGGGACAAUCUUCCUUUUCACGUUUUCGUUCGGCCUUCUCCACUUGAUGAUAACAAAGCAAUGCAGAAUUUUGCAGGUCCCAAUUUUGUGGUUGCAGAAUAG